UUUCUUUAUAGUACAAUUAAAUUUUCUCUUCACUAAGCUUUUUUUUUUCAGUGUAAAAAAAUUAUGAGUUAUUUAGGUAUUGGAGUGAGUCCUGGGAAUGUUCCAGUUCACCAUGGGAAUAAUUUGAAAGUAAUUGAUAAGAGAAUGAGAAUAACAGAGCUAAUUUUGAGGUGUUUAAUUUUAGGUUUAGCAAUUGUUGGUGCUCUUCUUAUUGGUACUGAUAGUCAAGUUAAAGUUAUAUUCUCAAUCAAGAAAGAAGCUAAGUUCACUGACAUGAAAGUUCUUGUAUUUUUAGUGAUAGCCAAUGGAUUAGCUGCUGCUUACUCUCUGAUUCAGGUUCUAAGGUGCAUCUUCAGUAUGAUUAGAGGAAGUGUUCUUUUCAAUAAGCCUUUGGCUUGGGCUAUUUUUUCUGGUGAUCAGUUGAUGGCCUACUUGAUUCUGGCUGCAGUGGCGGCAGCAGCACAGUCUGGAGUAAUUUCCAAGUUUGGUCAACCAGAGCUACAAUGGAUGAAAGUUUGCAAUUUGUAUGGCAAAUUUUGUAACCAAGUUGGAGAAGGCCUUGCAAGUUCUGUAAUAGUUAGCCUUAGCAUGAUUGCCCUCUCUGGUAUUUCAGCAUUCAGUCUCUUUCGUUUGUACGGAAACAACGGAGGAAAGAGUAAUGCUAGAUGAUCUUCUGUCCGAGCAUCAAUGGACAGAGUUAAUUGCAGGUAUCCUUGAAACUAGUUGAGAUACGCAUAAGCUGACCUCGAUACUACGAUUAUCAAAAAAAGAGGAGUAAUGUUAGAUGAUGAUGAGUAGAGUAGUAGCAGCUUCAUCUUGACCUUGAAGAUAUGUAACUUGGUGGAUAUUUGGUAUUUUGUACUAUGUUGGCUUAUGUUGUAUUGUUGUAUAAUAAAAUGAUUUUGGUUUUUCUUUUGUAAAAAAAUAAAUCAAAGACUAAUGUUGGUGGAGUUGUACUUUACCUUGUUUCUUAAUUUUACUCGUGUACCAUAUAAACAAAGAAUUUUAACUUAUACA